AUGUCCGAACAACAAAACCACAUACCCCAAGCACCGACAAUAGAGGCCACCGCUUCCGAUCCCACCACACAAAAGGUGUCUGACCAAAAACCAGAAUCCUCUGAUUCACCAAAAUCUACGACCUCUACCCCAAACAGUCAGAAACAAUCACAAUACAACGCAGCCAGUGCCACCAAUGGAGGCAGAGAGAUCUCCAAGAAGAUUCUAUAUGUGGGAGGCUUAGUGAAGUCGGUCGAAGAGACUGAAUUAAAGGAGUUGUUUGGCACUGGUGACGUGUUUUCGGUCAAGAUCUUGAAUGACAAAAACAAGCCCGACCUCAACUAUGCAUUUAUAGAGUUCCACGACGAAUCAGGGGCUGAAAAGGGAUUGACCUCCAUGAAUGGAAAGGCUCUUCAUGACAACGAGCUUAGGAUCAAUUAUGCAUUUCAGUCGGCCACCUUUUCCACGGCUCAGAACCCGGAACAACCAGUUUACAACAUCUUUGUCGGCGAUUUGUCCCCAGAAGUUGACGAUGAAGCCUUGCAAAAAUGUUUCUCCGUAUUCAACUCCCUAAAGCUGGCUCACGUAAUGUGGGAUAUGCAAACUUCAAGAUCCAGAGGUUAUGGUUUCGUUACUUUCAACACGCUAUCGGAUGCUGAGUUGGCUUUGCUGACUAUGAACGGAAAACCUCUCAGCGGAAGGAACAUAAGAUGCAAUUGGGCCAGUCAUAAGCAGAACAACAAAGGCGGCCAUCCCCAUUCGAACAAUAAUAUGCGCCACGACAACCACCCACCGGCUAACUACAACAACUACAACAACUAUAACAACCACAACAGGGGGCCGCGCCAAUAUCGUGGCUACCAAAGUCCCAAUCCAAUUUUAAAUGGAAACGGUCACACAAAUGGCCAUAUGCCUCAACCAUUCGAGCCAUCGCCCUUUCCAAUGGCUCUGCCGCAGAUCUCAGAUGGCUCACCGAUGUUUGGCGGCCCUGCAAUCAAUGGCGCUGUAAUGUCACCUCAGUCUUACGAUAUCGUUCUAAGACAAACGCCAUCUUGGCAAACCACAGUGUAUUUGGGCAACAUUGCUCACUUUACUCAGCAAGACGAUCUAAUCCCAUUGCUACAAAACUUCGGCUUCAUCGUUGAUUUCAAGUUUCAUCCCGAAAAAGGAUGUGCUUUUGUCAAGUAUGACACCCACGAAAGAGCUGCCUUGGCUAUUGUACAGUUGACUGGCUUUUCUGUCAAUGCAUUCGACAAGUUGUCUUAUCAGCAGUUUCUCGAGAAUCACGUCUCCGGGAAGAUCUCCCUCAUUUCCUCGAUCGCCAAACGAAACAAGGGUGCCACCACAGCCAUCGCCAUAUUAGUAGCCUCCGUCGCUAUUUUUUUCCCACUUGCGUUCAACGUUCCCCAAAUCUUUAAUAAAGUGCUAAGCUCAAUGAACUCAAACUACAGAUUCUUAUCCUCCACUGGCUUUGGCUCCCGUUUCGGUGGCUCGGGUACGUCCUCCAGCUCCCGGGAGACUCUUUUUGCUAUGAAAAAUGGUGGUGAACUAGGUGGUAUCAGUAAUGACGGCAAUACCUGUUUCAUGAACUCCGUCAUUCAAUCGUUGGCAUCGUCAAAGCAACUCACACAAUUCAUCGACAGAAAUAUCAACACAGAAGUACAACUCAUGGCUGAUGCCAACAUUCCAGUUUCCCGCAUGAGUCAGCUCCGCACAAAUUUAGUUUUUACUAGAGCUCUCAAAAAGUUGCUCGACGAUGUAAAUGGUGCUUAUGGCUCGAGAGGUAAGGAAUUCAGCACCAGAGGUUUACUUAAUAAGAUGCCUAAUGGUCCCAAACAGAACUUCUUCACUGGAUAUAGUCAGGAAGAUGCUCAGGAAUUUUACCAGCUCGUGAUGAGAAUCGUCGAGAAAGAGUACAAGAGUAUCUCGAAGUCGAGAGAGGCUACACCCGAGCCUGAAUCUGAGAAUGAACUGAAGGAUGAUCUGGUGAAGUUCAUUGAUGCAAAACUUCUCACCAGGUUACCAUUCGGAUGUGAUAACCUCGGCAAACUCGGAAAAGUCUACGUUCCUGCUCAUCAAGUCGAUCCUAACAUACCUGACAACGAAGGUAAGGUGCUCCCUCUUGAGCUCGUCACUCCAGUGGAUGGUGUAUCUGCCGAACGUAUUGGAUGUCUUACCUGCGGUGAGGUCGGAGGCAUUCGCUACUCUGUGUUGAGUGGUUUGAGUUUGAACUUACCUUACGAUGCCUCAAGCUAUAGUAACUUCACCUUGCACCAACUCCUCAAUGAGUGGAGCAAACCUGAGAUGAUUGAUGAAGUGAACUGUAACAGAUGUGGCUUGAUUCAAACAAAGGAAUUUCUCUCCGACAGCAUCAAGAGUAACUCAAAUGAGCGUUUGAGUGCUGAUUUCCAGAAGCGUAUCAGCGAGAUUGACGCCGAACUUGCCAAAGACCACAUCUCUGAUGAGGUUUUCGAGCGUCUUACUACUAAGAGCAUGAUCAGAAAAACGACGAAAACUAAGCAGGCCCUUUUGAGCAGACCUCCGCCAUUACUUUGCAUCCACAUUAAUCGUUCCGUGUUUGACCCACGCACCUACAUGAUUGUCAAAAACUCCAAAACGGUGAGGUUCCCUAUCAAGCUUGAUCUCAAUCCAUAUGUCGCUGAGCCAAAGGAUGUCAACAUGGAUGCUAGACUCCCAUUUAGAAAGCAAGACUCCACAUCGAAUGGCAUCCCCAACGAGCUCGAUUCCGAAGAUGAGAAAGAAGCUUCACAGCCCAACUCAAAUGUGCCUCAUCUGGCUAAUCCAGAUCUUCUAUACAACCUUAAGGCGGUGAUCUCUCACUAUGGUACUCACAAUUAUGGUCACUACAUUUGCUACAGGAAAUACCGUGGUACUUGGUGGAGAAUCAGUGAUGAAUCAGUCUACGUUGUGAAUGAGGCAGAAGUUUUGAGUUCCCAGGGAACUUUCAUGUUAUUCUAUGAGUGGGAUGAUCAGGUGGUCGAGAACUUGGUUCAGCUCGACGAUGAGGAGCUUGAGAAAGAAGCCGAAGCAUCUGAGGUUCAGAAUAAUAAGCUCGACGACUCUCAAAAUAUAGAUGAGCCACUGCUGUCACUGUCUGACGAGGAGGAAGAGAGCGAUGUCAUGGACGAGCUCAAGAUAGAGAAGUCAAACUCCCACGAAUCAGCUACCAGCGAUGGAGCCGUCGACGCUACAGCUAAAAAUGUUGAAGAUGCAACAUCGUUUCAGGAUCAAUACCGAUUGGGCGAAGAAAGAGCCUUCCACGUUUAA